UUUUUCUCUUUCUUUCUUUCUUUCUUUCUUCAUACUUCUCUCCUUCUUUCUAAAUACUUCCUUCUUCAUUCUCCUUAGAGCUCUCCAAAUGUCUCAAAUCUCAGAAACUUCUCCAAAGCAUUGCGCCAAGAAAGGAGGGAUUAACAUCAACAACCGUCGCAAGAAACUCUUCUUCACAUUCUCAACUUUCUUCAGCGGCCUUCUCCUCAUCAUCUUCCUCAUUUGGCUCACCCUCCACCCUGCAAAACCCGAGUUCUCCCUCACAGAAGCCGACAUCUACACCCUCAAUCUCUCCUCCUCCGCCACUCAUCUCCUCAACUCCUCAAUCCAGCUCACUCUCUUCUCCAAAAACCCUAACAAAAAAGUUGGAAUUUACUACGACAAGCUACUCGUAUACGCAGCAUACAGAGGGCAACAAAUAACAUCAGAAGCUUCUCUACCACCUUUUUAUCAAUCCCACGAAGAAAUCAAUCUUUUGACAGCCUUUCUUCAAGGGAAUGAGCUACCCGUUGCUCAGUCUUUUGGCUAUCAAAUCGUUCGUGAUAGGGCAGCCGGUAAAGUAAUCAUCGGUAUGAAGAUGGAUGGGAAGCUAAGGUGGAAGAUCGGGACGUUUGUCUCUGGCGCAUACCGGUUUAAUGUGAACUGUGUUGCAAUCGUUGCUUUUGAUCCAAACAUGACCACUGAUCCAUUAGCUUCAAUACAAGGGACUGGUUGCUCUACCGAUAUAUAAGAUAUAUUGAAUAAUCAACCAUAGAUAUACACUAUAGUUUCUUUUGCUGUAUUUUAAUGAUGCUUUUUGUGUUGGUAAUUAGUACUACUUGUAAAGCUAUAUUUAAACUGUUUAUAUAGAAUUAUAUAAAGAGCU